AUGGCAGGUGUGCUGAAGAAGACCACUGGCCUUGUGGGAUUGGCUGUAUGCAAGAGUCCACAUAAGAGGCUAAGAAUAUUGUACACAAAGAUCCCUGAUGUUCUUAAGCGAACCCCUAAAAAAGCAGCAUAUAGAAAGUAUACAGAACAGAUUGCAAAUGAGAAGCUGGCUAUGGUUAAAGCAGAACCAGACGUUAAACAAUCAGAAGACCAACUUCAAGGUGUUCAAAUAAAAGAGGUGAUUCUUCAGGUUGAAAAUGAACUAAGUCUGGCAAGAAAAAUGAUGCAGUGGAAACCAUGGGAGAUGUUCAUGGAGGAGCCGCCUGCCAAUCAAUGGAAAUGGCCAAUGUAAUUAAUAAAUGACUGGUGGGUUGAUGGGAAACUGAGAUAAUUAAAUAUUUUGUUAUAUUAAGAGCAUAUCCAUAUUAUUGACAUUUUAUGAUCAAGAAAAGAAAUAUAGA